CGGGCCGACAUAACUCCGGCUUCAAACCACUAUUACUCGCCAUUGCCAAGAGUUCGAGAUAAUUGCACAGUAAAAUCAGGACAGGAGGCCAACACUCAUAUCACAAACAGAAUCUGCCUCAUACACAACAACAGACUUUAUAACCAUGUCAAAACUUGCGAAUCGCGCUGAUUGGGCGGACGACGAGGAGUUUGAAGAAACCCAAUCCCUUCCACCCCAACAAGUUAUCAACAAUAAAGAUGGCACUAAGACUGUUAUCUCAUAUCGAUUCAACGACGAUGGCAAGAAAGUAAAAACAAGCCGCCGAAUCCGUACAACUGUGGUCAAGGAGCACGUGAACCCCAGAGUAGCAGAACGACGAGGAUGGACAAAAUUUGGGCGUGAAAAGGGUCAUCCUCCUGGCCCUUCGUUCGACACUACCUCCGUUGGUGAAAAUAUUAUCUUCAGACCUAGUGUGAACUGGAAAGCACAAGCGAAAGAGGCAGAGAAAGCAGGCCCCGAGAAGGGAAGCAUCAAGGACCAACUAAAAGACAAGAAAGUCAAGUGUCGAAUUUGUUCUGGAGAGCAUUUCACUGCCAGAUGUCCGUUCAAGGAUACGAUGGCACCAGUAGAAGAGCCUAGUGGGGGUGCUGGUGACGAUAUGGGUGAAGACCGGGCAGCUGGAGGCCUGGGUGCCGGCGGCAGCAGCUACGUACCACCACAUCUACGCAAAGGCGGUGCUGGGGCUGGAGAGCGCAUGGGCGGUAAAUAUGAACGAGACGAUCUGGCAACUCUUCGCGUUACAAACGUGAGCGAACUUGCGGAAGAACAAGAAAUUCGAGACAUGUUUGAGAGAUUCGGUCGCGUCACAAGAGUCUUCCUGGCAAAGGAUAGGGAAACAAAUAUGGCGAAAGGCUUCGCCUUCAUUUCGUUCCAGGAUAGAAGUGACGCUGCUCGCGCAUGCGAGAAAAUGGAUGGCUUUGGUUAUCGGCAUCUGAUCCUCCGCGUGGAGUUUGCGAAGAAGACUACGUAAUUUAUUUGAUCUCUUUUUCGGCUAAUGUUGUGUGGUGUUUUCAAAUUGAUAUGGUUUCGGUAAAGAAAAUAUUUCCCUCAGUUUACUCUGAUGAUUGCUCAAUGAAAGCAUUUAUGGCUACUUCAAUUGAUUCCUCCAAAAUGUGUAGAUGGCCUCAAAAUAAGCCAGCGUGUUCUACUUGGCUUUCUUAUUUGAUCCUGUCCAUACCCCCUGAACUGGCGUUAGCGCGAUUUGUCGCUCAGUUUAGAACACUUCUCUGACCGCUUCCACCCUACGCAUCCGAUAGGGUUAAUUUUCAUCCUCAUGACACAGUUGGCAUUGCUUUUAUCGCGUUGUGUUUGGUCUUUACUUAUACUUACAUCUACAAAAAUUCAAAGACUGCAUUAAAUAACAAGGCUUCUCGCCGCUGCAGCCCCGACCACGUCAUUCAACCAAGGUCCAUUACAUCCUAGGUGAUACGAAUAUGUGCGAGCCCCUUUCGCCCUAACCACCCGGAUUUAUCUCCUUGCAGCAAUCGACAGCAAGCAAAUAAUCUUUGCGACCACUCUUUCGCCCUUUCUUUUCCAUUCUUCUUCUAUCUUUCCUUCGGACAUUUUCUGCAUAUUUGCUUUUUUGCUCCCUAUCCUUCACACGAUCCCCAACCAACACGCUACCUCAUUAUGCUUCGCCGCAUCCCCCCUUUCCGCACUCCUCCCCCCAUCAUAGACAAACACAUUGUGCAUGCUAAUUUUGCAGUUCUUAUUCGGCCUUCACCGCUGGACACCCGGGCCUCGUUGACCAGCAGAUAAAGGAAGAUCCAAUGCGUACAUGCGUCUAGACUUCCAGACCAUCCGGCCGGUAGCAUGCCCUCUGUCCCAUAUGUCGUUUAUUAACGGCCACGAUAUUCGUUCCAGCCUACGGAUACGCAUCUUUCCUCGCUUCUAUCGCUUGGGACUUUUCUUUCUACGAGGAGGGACAAAGGGCUAUAAAGCACGCGCUUUUCAAAGUCUCACGACAUGCUUCGAAGCUGCCAACAGACACAUCACAUUGCAUCGGCUGCAUUACCGUUUGAGUCUAUAUCAAGCCUGGUAAUCCCCAACCCGCAUCCUCAGAUUACUUCUCUUAUUUGCCCAACAAAUCUUGUGGAUGAACUGCGGGAUAAAGGAAAGCAUUGGAAAAGGGAGCUGCUUAAUAUUAUCCAUGUUUCGCAGACUAUUAUUCGCGGGGGCCUUUUUUCUUUUCCUUUUUCUUCCAACCCUUCUACUGGGUAUUCUAUCUCCCAUCGGUCCCGGCAUAGUGUUGAUUUAUUUUCAGAACUUUUGAUGCAUCAUCUGCCAUAUGUUCUUCAUUCGUCACAGUUUUCUCCUUCCUGUGAUGUGCCAUUUGUUGUCCACUAUAGAUAUCAUCAAGGCAAACCUGCUAUCGGCACCCUGCACUUGAGGGUUUCGCGAUCAUGUUUGCCUUGCUGCUGUUAUCCAACUUUGAUCUCAUUAUAUCCUGCUCCGGGUUUGCGCUCCUUGUUGUCCCUAUUCUUCUUGCUCUCAUUUUCCUCGGGCUACAUAUAUAUUGCUACUAAGCUAUGUAGGAACCAAAAGUACUGUAUAUGAUUCCGCCGAAGCUCAAACGGAUCGCUCACCCUGCAAGUGCCGGCCAUAUCGCGCCUCAAUAUAGAGGACCAAGCCGACAAAGAACAAAGACCAACGCUACACAAUAACAGGGCUUGAGGGGAAAUAGCGGGAUGUAGAAAAUGGACGAAUCCAAAGAACGACUACAAGCAAAUUAAAAUCUCUAAAGACAAAAAAGUGGUAAGAGGGAAGAAUUGAAGCUGAUUCCGGCUGUUCCCUCAAGUCUCCAAUCCCUUUCAUCAACCCACAACAAAGGUCCAUAUGAUGGCCCUCGUUCUCUGCUCAGACUGGCUAUAGCCCCAACCCGACGGCAAAUGAGUUGUGAAAUAUCCCUGUCAAAAUAUUCCUUUUGUCAAAACCCGGCGCGGCGCGGGUGUUAGGACGGAGAGCUAGUAUACAUAGUACAGUACAUGCACAUAUCAGGAAAAAGAAAAGAAACCCAAAAUACUUGGAAAAAUAAAAAGAAGAGAGAGAGAGAGAGAGAGAUCAAGCCGUACGAGCGCCUAAUCUUCCCAUAGUUACGGAGUAUAUGCCUUCACAUUCUCCACACACAUCCACAAAGCCAGACGCACCCACGACGGACUUCACAGCCACCCCCGAAAUCCGGCAAAGAGGACACAUCCAACUGGCGGAAACCAACCAGGUAGUGCCUUCGCGCCAACAAUCUAAGAAUAACAAUGACCCGGCUAAGGCACUGUAUACGUCAGCCAGACGCCUCCCCGACAGAACGACAUAACUGAACCCCGAAUUUGAAAAAUGCUUAUUAGCCUGGCUGCGGCCGGAAAGCGCAAAUAACAUAGGUAGUAGUUAGGGCCUCUUCUCUCUGUUCUCCCACACCCCAAAAACCUACCUAUGCAUGAGAUCGGACAUUUACCCCUAUAUGUAGCGUGUCCGGGCCCUUUAGUCCUGCAUUUACCUCGCUGUCACUUUUCUUCGUGAGUUGGAUGCUCUGUUAUCAUCUAGUCUCACGGUUAAUAACUGGCAUGUAUGUAAUGCAUAUACGAACGACAUAUAGCAUAGCAUAUAUUCAAGAUAAUACGGAAUGACCCAUACAUCUAUCAAUCUGUCAGGUACUGUACAUAUACAGGGACUUAAUAUAAUUGCCUCGACAAGCCUUGACAUAAUUUUGUGUUAGGGAAGCGUUGGAACAAUGCAGUAGCCGAGUACCAAGUACAGAUAGAGAAUACCUUGGAACUUGGACGAGCGAAUAGCACCCAAGUAUAGGGAUUUAGAGUAUUCCCAGCGGCUUGGAUGAGCGACAACCCUAGGUCCGAUCCCUGAUUUUCGCUCUAGAAUGGGAG